AUGCCUGCCGCAUCCGUCGCCCCCGCGCUCACCCGGUCAACACGGCUCACGACUGCAACACGCUCCGAUAGCGACCCUCUAUCCUCUCAAUGGCUCCCCCGCGAACGUCCAAGCGCAAUGGCUCCCCCGCGAACGUCCAAGCGCAAUGGUUCCCCCGCGAACGUCCAAGCGCAAUGGCUCCCCGAGUCUGCCGUCAAGACCAUCCUCGAGUACGAGGCGCGCGCAGAGGCCGCUCGCGACGAGGCCGACGCUCACUUUCACAUUAUCCAGCAGGCGAGCUCAAUCACUAGCACCAUCGAGAUCCGCUCCGCUGACGCGCGUGUGAACGUUGCGCGCCUUGUCGUGGACGGUGGCAGCCACCUCGUCCUCCUCUAG